AUGGCCUUCUCUGUGCUCAUGUUCUUUGUGGUCGGCAUCACGGUGGUCAAACCCUACAUUAACAGUAAGUGGGAGGAGGCCAGCUGUGCUGUGCUGCACUCUGAAAUCCUGGAGGAGUGGAUGGACUGCAGAGGUGUGAGCUCUGUGCCCUGUCUCAGGGUGAAGGUUAACCUCACUGGCUCCAAUCAGACAUUUGCUCUACACUUUGACGAGGAAUCUGUCCUCCUGGCUCCUGAGUGUUUCUACAUACCUAAAUGUCUGAUGGACAGAGCGGAGCUUCAGAAGGAAGUGGAGAAAGUUAAAAACAGUCUCGACACUCAGCUUGGAAUCACGUCUUCAUGCCUAACUGACCCCACAAGGCACCCCAGGGACGCCAUCUUGAAGAGGAAGUACACUUAUAAGAAGACUUUGUUCGCGCUGCUUUGGCCGUGUCUGAUGCUGGGGGCCGGGGCUCUACUGGUGGGCCUGGUGAAGCUGACUCAGUACUUAGCACGUUUCCUCUGGGAUAUGCAGUGA